UCUUAAAUAUCUUGAGCACCUGAGCAGGGGAUAAACACUUCAACCAGAGGGAGAUCGAUAGUAUUGUUGCUUUCUUCGUUCUGAUCUGGUCUCUGAAAGACACUUUCGAGGACCGUGGAAACCCCCCUUACCCCGUCGGUUUUAUUCUCUCUCUCUCACGCAUGGCUGAUGCUUAUUGGAGGUACGGCGACUCACGGCAGCCGCCGUCGCAGUCGAUCCCCCAGAUUGUCGGAAAACGCUCCCGCUCCGACUACGAUAUCCCUAGUGGUCAUGAGCUGCCCAGCUAUUUUUCUCGUGAUGAUGAUAGAGGAACGCUUCGCGGAAUUAGAGAUACUGACUCCAUUGGAGCAUCCUAUGAUCGUUACCUUCGCAGUGCACAAGUUUCUUCUUAUGGUGGUGGACAAUCUGCUAGACCACUUGGUGGGGGAUUAUCGAGUCAUGCUGUUGAUGAUCCGCGAAUUGUGGGUAUUGGGAGUGUGGAACAAGGUACUACUGUGAAGGACCGAACCUUGGGAUUUGGAGGUGGAAGGCCUGAGGUUCCCCUUCCUCCUGAUGCUUCCAGUACACUAUUUGUCGAGGGCUUGCCCUCCAACUGUACACGACGGGAAGUGGCUCAUAUCUUUCGCCCUUUUGUUGGUUACAAAGAAGUGAGACUUGUAAGCAAGGAAUCGAGACAUCCUGGGGGAGAUCCACUGGUACUUUGUUUUGUCGAUUUUGUAAGUCCAGCCCAUGCUGCCACUGCCAUGGAUGCAUUGCAAGGUUAUAUCUUUGAUGAGCAUGACCGUGACUCGGUCAGUUUAAGGUUGCAAUUUGCUCGCUAUCCUGGUGCGAGGUCAGGUGGCGGGCAUCGUGGCAAGCGUUGACUUUGCAGUUUUGCAGAUUGCGCUAAAUCAUGGAACGACGCUUCUCUGUAGGAUUCGCUCGAAUAUGGGAGGUAUGAGAAUGAGGGGAAAUGCAACAGCCUUGCCGUUUCGUGAAUUACAAGCGCUUUUGUUAGGAACAACUUGAACUUUGCAGUUUUCGUUGAGUCUGGGGCGAUUGCUAGAGAUUUGGAGUGUGCUUUUCUAUUUUUGAAUUCUGUGAACUAUUUCUGCGUUUAAUUACUAAAGAAUGUUUCCAAAUACUGCUAUUUUAUCCUUAGUUGGAGAUGGUGUAAACUUAUAUGUUGUCCCGCCUCUCAGGCCUAAUAUAUGUUUCGACAUAUAUUUAUAGCAAUGGAAGUGUGGUGAUCAUUAAAAUAUGUAGCAUUAUACAUUAAAAUGUGAUGUAUUGUUUGCAAUUCAACAUUUUCCUGAAA